GGAAGGAUUUCACCGUCCGAGUCCUGGCGUGCACAACACAACACACACACUUUGCUGUUGAGGGAGAUAGACGUCUUCACGCAAUGUGAAGACACGACUUGGAUGCUAAAGAUCUAAUAUACGACGAAACGUCAGAGCAUUAUAAGUGCUACGUGAGGUCGAUGGUGUAUUUUAAUCUUAUUAGAUAUAUACCUACGUUUUAGUGGGAGGUUUGGGAUCUCUCGCUCUAAGUGAAUGAACUGGGAAAGCACUGUAUUACAAUUUGGAUGAACAGGUUCUCUCCUCGCGCCCCGGGACAUGUUUUAGCGGUGUUGGGUAGGGAAUUAUUUUAUCAUAUAAUUAGGUGGCAAAACACCUCGUCCCCACCAUGAAGCGCUCAAGAGGUACAGUAGCGACGCCAUCUUUCCAGUCCUCUCCAAGGGCUGCGCGGCAGAGCGAGUGGCUGCGGAGCGCUCUGGCCCACCAUCACUGCCCCGACCCCGGCGUGGAGAACGAAAUAGUGGUCCUGGCCACGGGGAUUGACCAGUACCUCCAGGAGGUGUUUCACCACUUGGUUUACCCCAAACUAGACGACGUGGUCUCGGCAGAGGAUUUCACUGUGCUUUGCUCAGUGCUGGGGCUUACCGGAGAGGAAAGUGAGACAAGGGAUGGAGAGAAGGAAGAGGAGGGAGAUGAUGAGGAGGGUCAAGGUAUUUGCUCGGGGCUCCCUCGCGAGCUGGCCUUUAGGGACUUCCAUUCGCGGCUAUGCGGUUAUUUCCGCGUCCGAGAGCGCGAUGCAACUGGGGUCAUGCGCCUCCCAGUUACAGAGGAGACCGAGCACAUUGAGCGCGAGAUCCGGCUUCGGUGGCCGCGGGUCAGGCGACGGAAAUGUGUCAGUUUCGACCUCACAAGAGAACAAACCGGGAGGAGGCCCGCGCCCAAAGCGCACAACCGUGAAAUGGGUUCAUCAGAACUACAUCAUAAAACAGGCCAGACAGAAACCGAGUGUGUGGCUCUGAGGGAGCUGGUUGAGGACCUGCGCUCUGCUCUACAGGGCAGCGAUGCUCGCUGCCUGGCUCUGGAAGUUGCAUUACGACGACACAGGCUUACCAUGCACCACUCCAAUGUAGUGACUUCAAACACACAUACACCCUCAAACAUACCAAUUUCAAAUGCCCAGGGACGCGAGAGGGGUGCACCUAACCCCCCAAAAGAAGGGAUCCCAAAUCUCCAGGGCCGAGGGUGCGGGGUGGGGGAAGAGAGGGUAGCAGGGAGACGUGGCUCCAAAGACCCUAUCCUCAGGGAGCUGCAGCUGAUUCGCUCCUCACGUGACGGACAGCUGGAGGAGGCAAUCAGGUUCAACCAGCGGCUGGAGGAGGAGCUUGGCUGGGCAUAUGGUGAGGCUCGUAGGCUGGAGGGGGUGGAGUCUCGCCUACGGCAGGAGAAUGCUGAGAUCAGGCGGAGAACAGAAGAGGCGAGAGAGGCUCUCAGAGAAGGUCUCAAGAAGGUGAGACUGAUCCAGAAACAGGCUCAGAACGUCCCUCAGCUCCAGAGCAGAGUCACACAGCUGGAAACAGACAUUCAAGAGUACAGAUCACAGUGCACCUGCAGAGGAAGCCACGCCUCACCGCCUCGAGAGCCCAUGGACGACACCUGCCUCCAGCGAGCGGUGGAGGGGAAAGCUGCCUCGGACGAGGAAGAGGAAGAGAGGGAGAGGAAGGAGGAGAGGGAGGAAGGACAGUGCUGCCUUUUGGAGGUGAAAAGGCUCAUCAACAGACUGCACAACUGUGGUAAAGGGUGUCAGAAUACAACAGCCCACCACUUGCUACUCUCCCAGAACCUCCUCCUUGACAACCAGAACAAUCUCCAUGGCAAUGACCUCCUCAUGAUCCCCAGGGGGUGGGGUCGCAGAGGUCACACUUAUCAGGAGGAGAGGGAGACCGAGUUAGAGAAGAGGCAUGAGGAGGUGGAGGGGUUGAGGUUGGAGGUUCAGAUGGUGGAGACCGAGAGAGUACGUCUGUCACUCUUGGAGGAGAAACUGACAGACACACUAACACUGCUACUGCAGCUACACAUCAAGGGUGUCUCUCAUAGGUCUCUGGGGAAGAUGCUGAUGGACACUCUGGAUGUCUGCAGAAAGAGUGGACAUAGCCCAUCCCAUGUGCUGCAGGUGGUCAAUUCCUUCUGUGCCCAGCUUUCGUCCAAUGAGCUGCUGCGAGAUGGGGUAGGAGUGGUGGGGGGAGGUGGCGGUGUAGGUGGAGAGGCACGGGUAUCUGUGUCUACAAGCCAGAGACCCUCAAGCACCGCCAACCCCCCUGCUCAUCUGUUUAGGCAACACACAACCCUCUCUUCUCCCCAACUCCCCUCCAUGAACACUACAUAACUGGUUUACAGGUACAGUACACUCCUAAACCUCCUUCUGAUUAUGCUACAAUACCACGUCCUCUUGUAUACCACGUCCUCUUGUAUACCACGUCCUCUUGUAUACCACGUCCUCUUAUAAAGGGAAAGGUAAAGGGGGGUACCUCGUCAGUUGUCCAACGGGAUGCAUUCAACUGAAAUGUGUCUUCCACAUUUAACCCAACCCCUCUGAAUCAGAGAGGUACGGGGGGCUGCUUUAAUCGACAUCGUCUUCGGCAUAUACCACUUCCUCAGGAGUAGGCCUAGCUAUGACUGUGUAUAUGAGAGGAAGAUACUACAGGUUCAUCUCUGUUGCUCUGCGGCUAUAACAGUCUCUGUCUGUGUACUGCUAUAUGUACACAGCAGAUUUAGACUUUCACAUCUGUAUAUCUAUUCUGUUGUGUUUGUUACUAACAUGGCACUUAUGACACAAUCAUGAUUAUUUAUGCACAUUUAUAUAUUCAUAUUUAUACUAAUGGGACAAGUUUGAUUAGCUAUGUAUUAUGUUUUUUGUCUUUCUGUGUCAUUUGACAUAUUUUGUUAGUUUAGUUUAAAGCUUUGUAGAGGAGCACACUAGUGUGAUGACUGUGUAUGUAUGUCUUCUGAUUGUACCUUAGAUACACUGCUUACUCUACAUCAGGUACAGUACUUUAUACUCUAUUCAUUAUUUAUCAAAUCUCAUUGAGAUGACACAUCUUUUCACAUGAGGGACCCGGGAGACCUGAUUUAUAAACAUGUAACAUUCUAAUUAUUGCAGUUAUUGUAGAGGACAAUUAAUACAUUUAUUAAUAAAACCUCAUAAAAUGUG